AUGCUUCGUGAAACAGCAUAUACGAACGAACUCAAUACAGACUUAGAUGGUGCAAGUAAUCCAUCGGAGCCGAUUCUCUUGUCGAGUGAUGACGAAGACCCCAGUGAAGGUGAGUGGCAAGUGCAAUCUGUGCGGCGGCUCUCGCCCAACGAGCUUCGACGACAGCGCAUGAAUGCGGCACGCGAAGCCCUUCGUCGUGCUGCCCAUGUACCACCGAGACCCACUGCAUCACACACGCUGUUGUCUUCGUACAAGUGUCCUAUCUGUCUAUGUCCUCCCACGAAUAUUAGCGUGACGCCUUGCGGCCACAUUUUUUGUGGCUCGUGCCUGUACGACUCGUUGUCCACGAAUCUGCGCCAGGAGUUCGAUACAGUUGGACGAGAGUCUGGAUACGGUGAAAGUCCCUUCACACCGUUUGGCAGUGGCGGCGCCUUGGCUCUGGCGAACGCUGCUGGCGCGUCGGUCCAUGGUACGCGAGGCCUAUUUCAUGAGCUAGUGCAUCAACGACACCGCCAGGCCCAGGACCAACGUCCGUCGGCCACACAGGCCACAUCUGCGACCCGCAUGCGUGCUUCCAAUGGCACAGAGCGCAUCAAAGGAGUCUGCCCUGUGUGCCGCGGUCCAAUUAAGGGCGGUUUCACGGGACUCGGACGAAAAGGCAUUCUGGGCCUGGAUAUUAUGCUGGGCACCCCUAAAACAGACGAUACCCCUCACGACGAUGCGUCUAUACCCCAAAAGCGGCAACGCAAUUGA